UAUUCGUGCGUUGACAUGUGAAUAUUGGUAGCACCGAUUAUUUGAAUGGGUGGUUUUUGUUUGCGUCAAAUUUAAGAUACAUUUAUUGUAUGUAAAGUAGGACAGAAACAUUAAAUACUAUUAUUUUAGAUGUGUUAAAUUGUUUUUAAAGCUUAUGGAAUUAGCCAUGGAGGCUGUGAAUUCAUACUGCAGCAGUGAUGAUGAAGUUUUGUUUGGUCCCAUCACAACGAAAGAAAUCAGGAAGGCUUUAACACUGAGAAGGCAGACAAAAGUGUUAGAGUGUGCUGAUGUAACUCCAGGUGACACCUCUGCAGAUAAAAAGGAGGCAGUGCAGAACCUUACCUUUCCACUACAACCUCCUAGACACAAAGAACACCUGACAAAGAUGUGGAAGCGCAGAAGUCUUGACAUUCCAUUUGACUGCAAUAUGAAUGAUGACAGUGAAGAGGCAGAGACCCCAGCACCUCCGCCGAGUCCUGAGUUUAGUGGGUACAAUGGUUCUCCGUACCCCACUCCGUGUCAUACCCGCCAACAGCCGUAUGUUAAUCUUGGGGGAAUUGCUGAAGAAGAGGGGUGUGCAGAUGAGGUGGAGGAGCAUAGCUCACCAGCACACCUCACAUUCUUCCCCAGAUAUUCUGACAUUGGACAGUUCAGUACGUGCAAAGAUGCACACACCGUCUCAUAUUCCUCUGUUGGAUUUAAUGAAUCAGUCUCAAUAUUGUCAAAUAUGGAUGACAGUUUAGUGGAGAAUACAGCGAGAUUGUCAUUAGUGCCAGUGGUGACUUGCAGGGAGACUGUGGAAGCAAGUGCCACUGAUGAAGCCUUUACAGGUGAAACGCAGAAAAUGUCAGAUGAGGACAUGAAGGCACGGGACAUGUUGAUUGAGAAGAUGGAACAACAUGAUGCACUGACACGGCAGCUGAGAAGUGUCAAGAAACAGCAUAUUAAUGUGCCUGAUGACUACAGGAAGCCAUUAUCAUCUAAAGUCUCAAAUGAUGACAUUGUAACUUUGAAUGAUGUUGAAAAUGACUUUUCAUCAGAUGAAGAUGGCCCCGACAGCCCGGAAGUUCGAGUCUUGAGUGAUGAUAGUUUGGAAGUCAUCUCCAGUGUAUUUGAAUCAUCUGGCGAGAAUUAUCAACCACUAAUGGUAGACACUUCUGCUAUUGCUGACAAGUUGGAAAGUUGUAAUUUUUCAAGAUUGAUUUCUGAAGGGGAUUUUAUUUCACCAAUUGUAAAAACAGUGGGGUGUCAUGACAGUUUGUUGAGUAAGAGCACUCUUGUUGGAGAUCUUGAACGUCAGUAUGGUAGACAGAAGGUUGAUCAAGCACUCGCUGCCCUGGGCUGCCUGACAAGAGAUGUAGGCACCAGUCAUAAUAAUGAGCUGGAUGAUGCACCACUUUCACCAGAAUUUGAUAUCAAAAUACCAGAGCAGACAGAGUCAGUGCCUUGUAACAUUUCAUAUAAUAAGAUUGUAGCCGAGUAUUCGCUGAUUUCUGAUGCCGAUGACUGUUCGGAAACAUCCGUGAGGGAUGACGGCAAUGAAGAACUUAAUGGCGACCGUGGUGAUGUCAGGAAUAAUGUUAUGGUCAGUGCUGAUGAGGAUGGAGGCUUUCUGUCUGUUCUGUCUGAAGCUGCUCUUUAUCAUGCUACUUUGAAGCAGGCAAGUGACAAAGGCAUUAAUGUUGCACUAGCAGAAAACACUGACAUGUAUUCACAAGAUGUUUUGGAGGAAUUGAACUGUGCCUCUGCAUCUACUGCUCUUCAUUGUGUACGUGAGGAAUAUGACAACGUGCAGAAGCGAGGUCAGUCGCAUGAAACUAAUGGAAAAUUUAUGCAGGAGGGGCGAGUACAAGGGGAACCUUCUGGAUUGGAUCUGAGAAACAAAAGUGUCGAUGAUUACGGUGAUAAUUCAAUAUCUGUUAUUCAGGAGUGCUCUGUGCUUGAUGAUGAUAACAUGGGGUCAUGCAUUCGAGAAAUGGAUGCCAAGAGUGACCUUAAUGAGAAUGACAGGAAAAACAUUGAGAACGUGAAUAACUUGGAGUCAAGUUGUGAAGAAGGGUUCAAUGAUACUCUGGAGGAGAUGGAAAUGUUGCUGAAGUUUGGGAUGGAUUACAUGAUGAGUGGUAACAACACGGAGUGUCCUGACAGAUUAGACGAGCGGUCUCUUUUUCACAGUGUGUCGACCCCAAAGAAGCCACUGACUGAGAAGGCGGGGUUUGAAGAUUUCGGUGAUCCAAUUCGUUUUAGAAAUGUAGUUGAGAUAUCCAAUGAGGAUUGCUCUAAAGCUUCUACAGAGCGUGAGGUGUGUGCCUCAGGUCUCUUGAUAAAGAGUCGUGUGCCAUCGUCUCAAGGUGUACCCUGUGACGGUGUUGCAACUCCGUCAACAAGUGGCAUUUUAUUUCCAAAACCAACCACAACUCUGGGGAAGUUCCACAGUAAAAUGGAGACUGUCUCACCAGUUGUAAAUUUGGGGGGUGAGAAACCAAGUGCUUUCAAAGUACCAGUGAAACCUUUGUUUCACGGCACCCAUAUUCCAAAGCUGCGUCCUCCCAGAAAUGCCAAGAAAAGUCCACUGAAACCAAUUAAAGUGGUGUCACCUUGUAAAAGGCCUUUGGGUUAUAACACGAUUGUGAGUCCUGUGGGAGCGUAUAUUCACAAUACUCCGUCCCCUGCGCUAGUCACCAAUGUUAAACCGAAACUCUGCCGCGCAGCAACGCCAAAGAGAGCGAUGGUAGGCAGAGGUGCCACAGUGAUGCCAAGACAUGAUUUUGCGUCUGCAAUUGCGAAGACACAUUUAGAGAUUCCAUACAAAGUGGAAGAGAGGGGUACAGAGAAUGUGAACACGAGUAACAUCCGUCCCAUUCUACCUAUCGUGUCAUAUUCGAGUGUGCCGUCAGUUAUACUGGAGGAGCCACAGCUGGAGAGAAUGCCUCGUUUAAAUAAGAAAAUGAAGAAGCUGUUGGACGCUCCGAAACCCCGCGUUUUUCGGCACGAAGGCCGCGUGAAGGUCGUGCCCAGUCCCCGAACUCGGAACGCGAACGCCGCGAGCCGCGCGGUUACCAGCGAUGCUGACGGGGACAUAUCCGUGGUCGUCGAGAAACAGGUCACACGAUCAAAUACUCUGGGUGUUUGAUGGUUGCUACUGAGCUCUGUCAGGGUGACAUUUUUACUUAGGUCUUAGGUUUUAAAAUAUUUUAAUUAGUUUUGUUUCUUAAUUCAGUUUUAUGUUAUGAUUGGUAAUACUGAGUAAGGGAUCAUGAAUGCAUUGGUACAAGUUACACCAGGGCUCCAGGUCGUAAUUGAAAAGGCAGGCAGAUACCUUUCCAGACUCUGGAUGCAUUUUCGCCGGUGCAGUCGCCAGUUGUGAUGCUGGUAACGGUUCGCAUCACUGAACCGGCCAGUGAGGCCUGCUUGAAAUGGAUGGUUUUAUGUUGUGACAGAGGCUUUGUACUCGUUAGACGAACCUCGGAAGCUGCGUCAUGAGACUGAAUUUAUUUUAUGAUUGUGUGUUGCAUGUCGUGUUCUCGUCGUUUGGAAAAACUUUAAACAUUCUUGAAACCUGUUAAGGAAAAACAGUAUUAUGUACAAUUUGGAACAUCACGCUGUAUGGUUACAAAAUUUUUAAGUAUUUUUUUUAAGUUGUGUUUGUGUGGAAUUGUAUGUUUGAUAACAGAUUGGCUAGAAUGGCCCUUGAAUGUGAAAUGAGAAUUUUGCUUGUAAAAGUCUGAAUAUCUGUGGUGAGAUCGGUGAAGUUUUUGUGAGACUGUGAAUGUUCCAUGGUUUGUUUUCUGUCAGUAUUGUUCUUUAUUACUAUAACAGAUGUGUUGUGGCUUUGGUUUCUGAAAUAUUACUAGUUCAUGUGACAUUAAAAAUAAAUUUUAUAUUGAAACUGCA